UUUUUCAAUCCCAAAAAUGAAUUCCUGCUCACCCUCCUCCAAACGCCUCUCUUGUCACCCUCAGGGCAUCCUAAACGUUAAAGAUUACCUCUUACUAAAAUAAAAAGAUCGAAAACUACCGAAAAUACUCAACCAGUUCAACCUCCUCCGUCUCCCCCAAGGAAGGGCACAAGACUCAGUUCGAUGAAGAUAACUAUAAAAUAAGUUUUACUAGGAUAGGCUCCGAACAGAGAGGAAGUGCCAAGAAGUCAGAUUUUAAUAGAGAAAUCGAGAAGGAAAUGAAAUAAGUGUAAAAUACCUGUUUCUUCUACAUACUCAGUCAGGAAAUUCAAAAGGAAUCUUCAGAAAAGAGUUAAUAAAAGAAAACUGUCAAAAUAUGUCAACGAGUUAAAUGUCUAUUUCCAAGACUACAUCAAAGAAAAUGAAAAGAAGAGAGUGGAAAAGCAGAAGUCUCUAAAGAAGGUGAAAUUUGAGAAGCAUAAUUUUGCCAUCUUUGCAACAAGAAGUGGUACAUAUAUGACCAAUGAGAAAACAUCUAGUGCUCAUAAGAGGACUUCUAUUCCUAAUUUAAUGCUGCAUACACUUGAUCCUCCGAACUUUAUAAAGAUGAAGACAGCUAUUAAAGAUGGGAGAAAUAACAGUCAGCAAAGACCACCAACUGAAAAUAAAAGUUCUGCCCUCGCUACUGGCGAUAUAGAUGAAGAAGAUACAGAAAAUAGUCCUGAAAUAAGUAAUGCUGCAAGAGCAAUAAUUAAUUUGAAGAAUAUACAAGCGAAGAUUCCCAAAAAGGUUCAAUUUAGGAACACCAAGGCGAGCUAUGGCAGAAGACCUCCCAAGAGCAAGCCUAAAAGCAAGAAGGAUUGGAUGCUUUAUAUAGAAGGGAAAUAAGAAGAUAAAUGAUGACCUUAAACUGCCAAAUGAAGAGGAUGGUUCUAAGCCCUCUACCUUAUUCUAUAAAGCUCCGUCUGGACCUUGCAGAGAGAAUAUGGUGAAAAAUAAGAAGCCUCGUAGCAGAUCUUACUCAUCUAGUUUAUCUUUUAAGCCCUUUACUCCUCAGCUUGGGAAGAUCCGCCGUUUAGUGUCGAAUGCAAAAUCUAAAUCUCCAUUCUACCAACUUCCAUCACAAGAUGAGAUAAACGAGAUGCUUGCUUCUGUGGGUGAUAAGAAAGUCCGUGUUCAGACCUCUAGUAAUAAAAAUGCUAGAAGCAGAUUAUUCGAUUUUGAAAAGAACAUCAAAUCAAAUAUCCUUUCUAAGAAAAUGAUCCCUCGUGGUCUCAAGAAGCUCAUUCUAGACCACGAAUAAGCUAACAUUAGUAGUAAAAGUUAUUCAA